AUGGACGUCGAUAUAACCGAGGAUAUAACGUACGAAGUACCUAGCUUGUUGCGAACGGCGUAUUACGCUUGCAACCAGAUCGACCGUAACAAGUUUGACUUGCUAGAUGUACCUGACGCCGAUUUGCGUUACUGUUGCGAGUCGCUGUUCGAAAUUAUAAAAACCGAAAAAGACCGAAACGAGGGCAGCGACAGGCAGUCCAUGUUCAGCAGGUUUCAGUCCACCGUCGAUGGCGAGAAGUUUAAAAACAUAUGCGAAGAGGCAGCGACGCACGGCCACACCAGUUGCAUGAAACUCGCUCACGAGAUCGGCGUCCCGUGGGACGAGAUAUCCAGAGACGAACAUACGGCGUGCGACCGAGCUGCAAGAUCGGGGUAUCUGGAGUGUCUAAGGUACGCCUGGGAGAACGGUUCUCCAUGGGACCAGAAAACAUGUCUCAACGCGGCGUUAGGUGGACAUUUGAAUUGCCUGGUUUACGCCCGGGAAAACGGGUGCCCGUGGAACGCGGACACAUGCAGCAACGCCGCGUUGAACGGUCACAAGGACUGCCUCGUUUACGCCCGGGAAAACGGGUGCCCGUGGAACAAGGAAACGUGCAGCAACGCCGCAUUGAACGGUCACAAGGACUGCCUCGUUUACGCCCGGGAAAACGGGUGCCCGUGGAACAAGGAAACGUGCAGCAACGCCGCAUUGAACGGACACAAGGACUGCCUUGUUUACGCCCGGGAAAACGGGUGCCCGUGGAACAGGGAAACGUGCAGCAACGCCGCGUUGAACGGUCACAAGGACUGCCUGGUUUACGCCCGGGAAAACGGGUGCCCGUGGAACAGGAAAACGUGCAGCAAAGCUGCAUUGAACGGUCACAAGGACUGCUUGGUUUACGCCCGGGAAAACGGGUGCCCGUGGAACGCGGAAACGUGCAGCAACGCCGCGUUGAACGGCCAUAUGUGCUGCCUGGUUUACGCUCGGGAAAAUGGAUGCCCGUGGAAUAAGGAAACAUGCGGCAACGCCGCGUUGAACGGUCAUAAGAAAUGCCUAAUAUACGUUCGGGAAAACGGGUGCCCGUGGAACGCGGACACAUGCAGCAACGCCGCGUUGAACGGUCACAAGGACUGCCUCGUUUACGCUCGGGAAAACGGUUGCCCGUGGAACGCGGACACUUGCAGCAACGCCGCAAAAAACGGUCACCUUGAUUGCUUGAUGUACGCAACGGAGAACGGAUGCCCGUGGAACGUGGACACCUGCAGCAGCGCCGCGUUGAACGGUCAUAAGGACUGCCUAAUAUACGCUCGGGAAAACAGUUGCCCGUGGAACGAGGACACGUGCAGCAACGCCGCGUUGAACGGCCAUAUGGACUGCCUGAUUUACGCGCGGGAAAACGGCUGUCCGUGGAAUGAGUUGACCUGCGCCCUCGCCGCGCUGAACGGCCACAUGGACUGUUUAAUGUUCGCACAUAAUAACGGGUGCCCGUGGUGGAACGUGAACAUGUGCCGCUACGCCCCAAGUAACUUGCAUAAGGAUUGCGUGGUGUUCGCACGGAAAAACGAGGAUGGAGUUGAAGUCCAAUAUUCACAGUGCCAGUGGGAUACGUGCGGCAAUGCCGCGGAGAAAGGUCACUUAGACUGCCUGAUUUACGCAUGGGAGAACGGGUGCCCAUGGAAUAUGGAAACAUGCAGGCGCGCAGCGUCGACCGGUCAGAUAGACUGUCUGUUUUACGCAAUGUCAAAAGAUUGCCCUUGUGACGAGAGGACGUGUAGCAGCGCGGCUUCGAGCGGUAAUUUGGACUGCUUGGUGUAUGCUUGGGAACAUUGGUGUCCGUGGGACCGGGAAACGUGCAGCAACGCCGCGUUGAAAGGUGACAUGGAAUGCUUGGUUUUCGCACGAGAAAACGGGUGCUCGUGGAACGAAGAAACGUGUAGCAACGCCGCGGCGAUGGGUCACAAGGACAUCUUGGUUUACGCACGGGAAAAUGGGUGCCCGUGGGACGAAGAUACUUGCAACAACGCCGCUUCGAGCGGUCAAUUGGAGUGCCUAGCUUACGCCCGGGAAAAUGGGUGUCCGUGGAACGAAGAAACAUGCAGCUACGCUGCAGGGAGUGGAGAAAUGGACUGCUUGGUGUACGCCCGGAAAAAAGGGUGCCCGUGGAACGAAGAAACGUGUAGCAAGGCAGCGGAGGACGGUCAUAUUGACUGCUUGGUUUAUGCUCGGGAAAACGGGUGUCCGUGGGACGAGGACACCUGCAGCGAAGCCGCGAUGAGCGGUCACAUUGACAUCCUGAAAUAUGCACGGGAAAACGGCUGUCCCUGGGACGAAGAAACGUGCCUCAACGCAGCUUAUAACGGUAACAUUAGUUGCUUGAUGUUCGCAAGGGAGAACGGGUGCCCGUGGGAUGAUAACACUUGCAGCCAAGCUGCGUCAGCCGGAAACAUGGACUGCCUGGUAUAUGCACAUGAAAACGGGUGCCCGUGGAAUGAAGACACUUGCAGCCUUGCUGCGUUAUACGGACAUUUAGACUGCCUGAUUUAUGCACGGGAAAAUGGCUGCCCAUGGGACGAGAAGACGUGCAGUAACGCCUCUUCCAACGGUCACUUGAACUGUCUGGUUUAUGCGAGGGAAAACGGUUGUCCUUGGGACGAACAAACUUGCAUCAACUCAAAGAUUUGCGAUAACACGGCCUGCGUGCGUUACGCACAAGAAAACGGGUGUCCCAGUUUCAACCCUGUUCUUCACAAUUAUAUGGAAUUUGAGUAA